AUGAACGCGCUCGUGGUACGACUGCAAGACAGGACGUCUUUUGCUAGCGACGAUCAAGCUGAUUAUGCUGAGGAACUUGCGCAAGAAUUGAUAGCUCUCCAAUCUAUUUAUGGGAGUGAACAAGUCGAGCUUAAAAGCGGCCCGAACCUGGGUGAGCCCAUCACUUUUCAAGUGCAAUUGCCGUGCGAAGACAUGGGUCAUGACAUAUGUAUCAAAUUCCAGAUCCAAUUGCCCAAAGGGUACCCAAACUGUCAUGAGGCACCUCAAAUUGAGCUUGUAAACCGGUUUCUUCCACCUUUCCAUACUGAUGAGUCUGUGCGUCAUGCUGUCCAGGAUACGUUUUCACCGCACGGCGCUGCGCCAUGGACUCAGGGAGAGCCAGUACUAUUUCAGGGCAUCGAUACAGCCUAUGAACUAGUACUAGACUGGUGGAAGACCAAGAGACGCACCAUACCCCCACAACAGUCACCACUACCCCAUGCGCCUAAACCAACUGUGACAAAAUCUCCACCACAGCGCCAAAUCAACUUGGACACUUUAGUGCGAAGCGACUUGAUUUCAGAACGCAAGUCCGAAUUCCUUGGACAUGCCGCACAUAUCACUCAUCCUGAUGAUGUGCCCAUCUUUUUAGCUCACAUUCUCGAAUCGGAUAAGCGUAUCCAACGUGCGACACACCCCGCCAUUCACGCCUGGGUAUGCCGCACACCGGACGGCGUAUUUCAUCAUGAUUGUGACGAUGAUGGCGAGGCUGCUGCAGGAGGACGUCUAGCUCAUCUACUUACUUUAUUAGGGGCGGAAAAUGUGCUCGUUGUUGUAACCCGCUGGUUUGGAGGAGUCCUAUUGGGUCCUGAACGUUUCAAACACAUCAACCGUGCGGCGCGCGAUGCACUGUCAAAGGGAGAUUUUAUCAGAACAUAG